AAACACUCUUAUCUGUAUACACACUUAACAUAAAUAUGAUUCAUUCCUGGACCCAAUCAGGAAGAGUUAAAUGUAUUUUAUGUCUACAUGUGAAAUAUUAUACUUUUUUACGUUGUAAGUUUUAGUGUUUCAUCAGGUAUCGGAUAUCUAACCAGAUUUUGACAUGAUAAAUUAGCAAUGGCAGCAUCCGACAGUGAGAGAUAUUUGAGGUACUUACUCCUGUUAGGAGAAGGUGGACUGCUUGUUUUGCGAGGCAUAGUGCUUAAAGAAGCAUCCAAGAGAAGACAAUCAUUACAUGCCAUACUUGAAAACAACAGAGCUAUGCUGUCUAGUAAAAUAAGCAACCAGCAACAAUGUCGGCACAUAUAUCCAACAGCAUCCUCUGUGGAUGCCGACCUUUCGACAUGGGAUAUAAAUCUUCUGGGAAUAGUUAUAAUGCAUGUUUUUGGCAACACCCUGGACCAGACAGAAGUAAAUGGAGUGAAAGAAAUACACGACAGUAGAAUUGACAUAUCAGAAAAUGAAUCAUGCGUGUGUUUAGAGGAGUUGGAGUAUCGCAAGAAAAGGCUGCAACUUUCUUUAACACUUUUAAACUUAGCGGCCGAGACAGAUUUCAAUAUCCAUUAUAUGUGUCUGGAAAUCAUUUCUACUUCCGGAGCCGCACCAUACAGCAUACACGCUUUGAUCCAGAAACUUGCGGAUCUUCGUGAAUUUCAGAGUGAAAUGAUAGAAACCCUUUACACACAGCUAGAUAUGGUCAUCAAAGAGGAAGAUUGUAUGAAUGCAGAUUCAAACAAUGAGAGAGAUAGCGAUGGCAACAUAUUUACACACACACUUGGAGAAAGAAUGACUGAUCUGCACACUGAGAGAUGGUAUUUUGGACCUUUAACUAGGGAAGAAACAAAUGAAAUCUUUGACCAUGUAGAUGCAGAUGGUAUAUUUCUCAUACGUGAUUGUCAGUCGAACCCUGGGAAUUUAGUUCUCAGUGUUAAGGAGGCCGGAAAAGUGAGUCAAUACUUUAUCCGUCGUGUACCUGUAGACGGGCAUAUCAAGUUCCAUAUUGGAGAGGGAGAUAAAUCCUAUGACAGCGUAGCCGAUAUUGUUGACUUCUACUCCACACACUACUUAAAUAAGACUCCUCUCACAAAACCGGCUCCAAGACAGAAAUUUGUCACAAAGUCCGACUUUGAAGGCAAUAAUCCGAAAGAUUUGUCGUUUAAGAAAGGUGACAUUCUGGAAAUUAUUUCAAAGGAGGAGGACAGAUGGUGGUAUGCUAGGGACUCUGAUGGCAGAAUUGGAAUAGUACCCGUACUUUAUCUUACACAUUUACAGGAUGGAGAAGAAGCCUCCGGACAAAAGGAGAAGCCUGCUGUAGCACCAAAACCACGUAAAGAGACACCUAGAGAUGCAUCACCACCACCGUCAGUCCCAAAGCGGUUACCGUCAAAGGCUGUAGUAACUAAGGCAAGGAUUUCUAACCCUUACGACAAGACUCAGCUAACACUGCAUGUAAGUAAUGUUUGUUGUAUGAUGUACAUCUUAUGUAAUGUCUGAUGUAAUGUUGAU